UUGUACACUUUUUUCAGAAACAAAAACAUGUUGAAAAUGCUAUACAUUUUGGUAUUGUUAUGUUUGUUAACAAAAUGUAAUGGUACAGAUUCAUUUUUUGAUGGUAGUUUUAAAUUGGCUUACCAAAUUAAUGAAAAUGAAAUGAGAAUAAAAAUUUUAAUGCCAAUUCAAUUUAAAUGGUUGGUUGCAGGUUUCCAUAAUAAACCUUAUCUUAAUAAUCCUGAAGAAGAUUUGUUUCGGAUUGACAUUAAAACAGAAAACAAUAAAGUUAAACCUGUUUUACAGACUUGUCAGCUUCAUCUCAAUAAUAUAUUGAAUUGUAAUAAAAGACGCAUUUUAUAUUAUUUUGAAAAAAAGGCAAUGUACCAAGAUGAGUGGUAUUAUUUUAUUAUAAAAAGAUUUGCUUAUGGGCUUCAGAAUGGGAAUCCAGUUUCUUUUAUUUGGGCAUUUGGUAGUAAUGAAACUCCAAACCUCACAGAUAAUCUGCAUACUAUAAAUGGAAAUUUAGAGUUUGAAAAUGUGUAUAUAUUGAAUAAUACAGACAAACAACCACAAAAUGCACUGACCACUUCAAUCACUUAUAAUGUGCAAACCACCACACCAAAUAAUUUAUUUAAUGAUACUUCUAAAUACUCUCUAGAACAAACUGCAAGUAAAAAACAGAGUAAUAUAUUCAAUUUAGAGAAAUCCAAUGCUAAUGAAACCGAGCUAAGACAACCCAUUGCUGAGACUGAGCCAAAUAACUUUGAUGUCACAUAUUUUUCAUCAGGUGAAAAUUGCAGUUGUUCUUUUUGCAAUUGCUCGUCUAUUUCUAUUUGGCUUACCGCACUUCGUGCUAAACAGAAUUCUGUCUAUCUGGGAAUUGUUGGUGCUUCUGGUUUACUGACUGGGCUCAUUGUUUUGUUUAUUGUUUGCUCUUGUUCUGUGAAAUCAGUAAAUAAAAGAAAAAAAGUGGCUUUUUAUAAAAUAGAAGAACUAGAAUCUGACGAAGGUUGCGACGAAGUUAGUUUUAUAAAAAAAUAAACUUUUUAGUUUUGGAAUAAUUUUCUCAUGGAGUCCUGUUCCUGAUUUUUGGAAUCUGUGCUUCUGUUCAUUGUUUUGUUUAUUAGUUAAUAGUAAUAAUUUAAAAACGUUGAUUAUUUAUAAGUUUGAUAUUGUUUUAUUUGUUUUUUGAAUCGGAAAUUAUUUUUUUUAAUUUCUAUAAAAUUACGGUUAAAUAUUUUUAAAUUAAAUUUAUAUUAAAAUAUUUGCAACAUGGUUUUUAGAAAACCUUUGUUUGAUAUGGUUUUUAGACUAUUUGUUUUAUAAAACGGU